AUGAUAGAAGCAUGUUUAAGCCUUAUAUCCAUAAAGACUGAUGUUAUAGUUGUAUGUUCAUCAUCGAAAUUUUUAUUUGAGAAAAUUUGUAAAGCUGGUGGAAACUCUGUAUUAGCUUCCUACAAAUCUCAACUUAAAAAGUCUAAAAAUUCUGUUAUAUCUGUUCAAGCAGACGGAGAACUUGCAUCAAAACAAAUUUACUUUCUUUCGUGGAAAGCUGAUGCUGAUGUAUCUAUUCUUCGUGAAUCAAUUGAGAACUUUGUUUCGGAUGCUUUUGAAAAGGCAGUAGAAGAAAACCAUCGAAGUAUCGCAUAUCCAGCUAUCGGUUGUGGUCAAUUUGGAUGUUCAAUCGAUCUUGUUGCACAGGCAAUGAUUCGAGAAGUGCAUCGUAAACAACAAGGGCAUGACAUAUCUGUUACAUUUGUAAUACAAGAAGCAAGAACCGAUAUUUAUGAUGAAUUUCAAAAUCAAAUUCAGUUGUUGGAAGCCGAAAUGUCACCGACUGAUUUGAAAACAAUGUCUGCAACAGUUAAAAAAGGAGUAAUCGAAAUUGAACAAGGAGACAUAAUCAAGCAAGAGGUAGACGUUAUUAUUGGUAGUUCAUCAUCAGGAUUCUUAAGACAAGCAAUAACAGAGGCAGCUGGAAAUGAAGUUCAAAAGGCUUAUAAGAAAGAAUUAAAAAAUCAUCCAAAUUCUACACUAAUCUCAGUGCCUUCAGGCGCUCUACCUUGCAAACAAAUAUUCUUUGUCAAAUGGGAGCCUGAUGAUGAUGAGGAUAUACUUCGACAGUCCAUUGUUGAUCUUAUAUCUACUGUUGUACAAAAUGUGAUAUCACAUAAGUUUACAUCGAUCGCAUUUCCAGCCAUUGGAUGUGGGCUACAUGGUUGUUCGACGCAAAUUGUAAUUGGCACGAUGGUGCGAGAAAUGAAAAAACAUCUUGUGAAGAGAGAUUUAUGUUGGAAAGUAAAAUUUGUAGUCCAACCCAAUCAAGAGAAUAUUUAUGAUGAAUUUUGUAAAGUGCUGAUAACCCACGAUGGUCUUCAUGAAUCAAACAUUUAUCAAUUGCCGCCGACAUGGGAGAAGUCGACAGAACAUCAAAUUCGAUUCAUAGUGCCCACCACAACAGAUGAAUACAAAUCCAUUGUUUCGAAUUUCGAUCAGACAAUGACAGGAAAGUAUACAGAAAUAAUACAUAUCGAACGAAUUCAAAAUGAACGAUGGUAUAAGCAAUAUGUCGCACAUCGUGAAGAUUUCAUAAGACGUCUUGAGGAGGAUACCGAAAAACACUUAUAUCAUGGAUGUCCUGAACAAGCUGCUAAUUUAAUUAUGGAAGAUUGUUUUAACAGAAGUUUUGCUGGAGUCAAUGGUAAUUUUAACUCUUGUUGUUUUGUAAAGAUUUCAAUCGUCUUUGUCUUUUUACGUUCAGGAACUGUUUAUGGUUUUGGUGUUUAUUUUUCAUCGAAUGCAUCUUAUAGUCAUGGAUUUGCGCAUGCGAAUGCAAAUGGAGAACGGUGUAUGUUUAUAGCACGAGUUUUGGUAGGAAAAACCACCAAAGGAAAUAGUUCGAUGAAAACUCGACCACUUGGAUUCGAUUCUACUACUGAUGAGAAGCAUAUUUUCGUCACUUAUCAUGAUGCUCAAGCCUAUGCCGAAUAUCUGAUCACAUACAAGUAA